UCAAAGAGUAAAGUAAUUUAUGUUAUACUUUGUCCAUUAAACCCAAGAGCUUAUUUUAUAACUUUUUUUGAGUAAGAUUUAAUAAUUUAAAAACCGACACAUACCUUUUAGAAAUAUAUAUUUACAGUAAUUCAAGCAUUUAUUUAUUCCAAAAUGGUUCUGACUAAGGAAUACAGGAUAUGCAUGCCUUUAACUGUAGAAGAGUACCGAAUAGGGCAGUUGUAUAUGAUAGCUCGCCACAGCUACGAACAAUCCACCACUGGCGAAGGUGUAGAGGUGAUAGCGAAUGAAGAAGUUAACGAUGAAGUAAAUGGAGUUGGUCAAUUCACCGAAAAGAGAAUACACCUUUCUAGUCACUUACCUUAUUGGGUCCAAAAUAUUAUUCCUAAACUGUUUUACGUAACUGAAAAGGCAUGGAAUUAUUACCCCUAUACUAUAACUGAAUACACAUGCUCCUUUAUACCAAAGUUUUCAGUGUCAAUACAAACCAGAUAUGAGGAUAACAAUGGCACUACAGAAAAUUGUUUACAUCUCACUGACGAGGAAUUAGCUCUCCGGCAAGUUGAUUUUCUGGAUAUUGCAUAUGAUGAAAUAAAACCACAUCACUAUAAAGAUAAUGAAGAUCCAAAGCUGUUUAAAUCAGAAAAGACUGGGCGUGGACCAUUGGUUGAAGGGUGGAGGGACACACACAAGCCUAUCAUGUGUUGCUAUAAGCUUGUCAAUGCUAAAUUCGAAGUUUGGGGCUUACAGACUAAAGUGGAAGAUUAUGUCCAAAGUGCAAUUCGCGAAAUCCUUUUACUUGGCCAUAGACAAGCUUUUACGUGGAUGGACGAGUGGUUCAACAUGCAGAUUGAGGAUGUGAGAAAUUAUGAAAAAGAUAUGCAAGCCAAAACAAAUAUCAAGGUAAAAACGGCUAUGGAAAACGCAGAGGGCCAGGAAACGAGUGAUAAUUCACAGCCAGAAACACCAAAAUCUCCGAAAUCACCAAAAACACCUAAAUCUCCGUCGGCUACCGGAACACCAACAGAAUCAAAAUCAUGGUUUUCAUGGUCAUAAAUAAAUGAUAUUAUAGUUUAAUUUCCUCGUAUGCCGGGUUUAGUUUGGGUUUUUGUAGAAUCUAUGUAAAAUUCCUUACUUUAUCGCUUUGAGAUUUGUAGCACAAUUAUAUUUUGCUUUUUAUUGUAACUUGAUUGCGCUUGUAGGUAAAUUAUACAUUUAGUUCAAUAAUCUUAUAGUAUUUUCUAAUCUUUAUCUGUUUUAUAUAAGGGAAGGAACGGCCUAUGAAAAUGUAGAAUAGAAUGGGUUAAUAUGUUUUCAUCACUGUUCACAUAUUUUCAAGAAUAAUUGUAAAUCGGUAUGUAUGUUGUUUAUCAAUUGGAUAACAGAGUAAAAAUUAUGUUGUUUGUGAUUCUAGCCAGAGCUUUUUCUAUACAGGCCAAGGGGUUAGGCAAUCAUGACAUCGAUAUCUUAAGUUUUCAUUAGAAAGUUACAUUUCUUCAAAAGAUCAAAAUAAUGUAUACUAUGAACAAAUAUUGGAAAUACAAUUUGUUAUUUAAAUGUAAAUUAUAGAAGUAUGAACGUAUUUAUCUUAUGAGAUACAUGUUCUGCGUGAUAGUGCGUGUUCUAUGUUGUAAGAUUAGUCCAUUAUUGAUAACAUCUCGGAGGAAAUACGACAUAUUUUUUCUCAUAUAUUUUCACGUAUAAAAAAAAUUAUUCAUAGAUUUACAUAUUGACUAACAGAAAAAGUAUAUUUAUGGCCAUUUUCACAAGUUGAUGAUUUGUCCUGUUUAUCUGUUAAUAAAAACGAUAAACAAUGAAAUAUGAGUGGAAUAAUGUUAAAUAUGCCUGUUAAUGUUUAAUACUGUCAACAGCAAGUUGUGAAAUUGGUUUUAAUAUGGAGUUUUCAUAUAAAGUACAAAGAAUUAACUAUUUCAAACAUAUUUUGGUGUGUAGUUGGGCCUAAAAGUGUUUAUGUAUUAAGUGUUAAGUGCGAACGUAUUUAUUUGUCUUGAAGGAACUUUUUCACGUAUGCGAUUUUGUUUGUAAUUUCUGUCUUGAAUUUAAUUGCAAUGUCUAUUACUCAUAUGAAGUUUAAGCUAGGAAAGAAUUUUAUAUUAGAUGUUUUAUUCGACGGGAUCAUGCUUUCUUUUAAAAGGUAAUACACAAAUACAUAACUACAUGUUUUAUGUUAGACUAUAAAUGACAUAUACCUACACGAGUUCUUUAACACUCUAUGAUGAAUUGUUUUUUUGUCACCAAAUUGGUGAGAUUGAGACAAUUAAGUACCAUCUUAUAAAGAGACAAGGAGGCCAUGAGAAGGAACCGAGCGGCGUUGUGUGCGUUCGUCAAGCUUGCGUACGUACAUUAAUUGGGGGCGUGGCCAAGCGCUCCGCGUACCUACAUGCAAACGGCGCGAUGUACCUUAUAGUCCAGUCUGUGGGGAAAUGUAAAAGCCUCUGCUCUACAAAAGGUGGCGUAGAAAAUGUUUUGAAACAAUAUUGUUUAGGUAUGAAAGGUUAAUAAAAAUCCAAGUUUUCGACCUUGACGGACCCAGGCGCUAGCCGCCAUCUUCAAUUAAAGGUGCUAAAAUUAGGUAUAUUUUAAAUAACUUCUCAAUUGUUUACUAAAUCACAAAAGUGUCUAUGAGGGGUUCAAAGAAGACAAAAUUACCUACAUUUUUUGCAUACAUGAUUAUUCUGUAAGUCUUAAAGAUAAAAAGUUACAAGCGACGGAAAUAAUAAUAUUUACAGAAAUCAUAUAAUUUUAAUUUUGUUUAAAAUUGUGCAGCUAUCAUUUUUUAAUUCUUUUUGAUGGCCCGGGCUGGUUAAUGGUGGCUUCUCCAUUAUCGUCAAAUUUUCUGUUUCAUUGUCUGUAUUUUUAGUUUCCAACCAUGAAAUUUCGUCGUCAUCACAGUCUUCGUUAUCUAUCUGAAACUCUACUGCAUUUUCACACAGCUGACCACUACAUAAUCCACAAACAAUAGAGCAUUUUAAUCCAGCUUUUCUGCAACUACAUGCUUUGCUGCAUCCUUUUUUACAGUGGCAAGAAAUUACACUUAAAAGCAUCUGAGAUGCUGCUUUCUCUGUCGUUGUUAUUGGAGUGAGCCUAUUGGUGUCAUAUCUCCAGCCCCAGUUUUCUGGAUUUUUUUCAAUUCUAUACCAUUUUUGGACUUGGUGGUAUGUCCUAAACGCAUGAUACCAUGCAGCGUCCUUUGUUGGCGGCAAAAAAGCAAGUUUAAAUUUACUUUUUAUUGAUACGACCUUAUCCAUGUCCCCUCUGUACAAAGUUACUAGAAAGCGUGCUCCAGCGUCUUCGAUUUUUUCUGGUCAUGACGACGAAAUUUCAUGGUUGGAAACUAAAAAUACAGACAAUGAAACAGAAAAUUUCAGCGAAGAUAAUGAAGAAGCCACCAUUAACCAGCCCGGGCCAUCAAAGAGAAUUAAAAAAUGAUAGCUGUACAAUUUUUAAACAAAAUUAAAAUUAUAUGAUUUCUGUAAAUAUUAUUAUUUCCGUCGCUUGUAACUUUUUACCUUUAAGACUUACAGAAUAAUCAUGUAUACAAAAAAUGUAGGUAAUUUUGUCUUCUUUGAACCCCUCAUAGACACUUUUGUGAUUUAGUAAACAAUUGAGAAGUUAUUUAAAAUAUAACUAAUUUUAGCACCUUUAAUUCAAGAUGGCGGCUAGCGCCUGGGUCCGUCAAGGUCGAAAACUUGGAUUUUUAUUAACCUUUCAUACCUAAACAAUAUUGUUUCAAAACAUUUUCUACGCCACCUUUUGUAGAGCAUAAAUACCUACAGACUGGAUUAUUAGUUCGAAGAUAUUAGAUAUCUUCCGUUUCUCUACUAUGCAAUUACUUUUGGUUAUUCGUCAGUUCAUUUGAGCGAUUGAGUUACUUUAUCAUUCCUUGGUCAGAAUAAUUUCCUAUUUAUUAUAAAUAAUAAGCGGGUAUACAUUACAGCGGUUUUUUCGUUAAAAUUGUUUGCUUUAAAUUAUGUAUUCAUGGGCUAGAAAAGAGUGGGUUGUUAAUUGAUAUUUUUUAUUCAAGUUACCUAUUAUUGUUAGCAGUAGAAAUAGAAUUUAGUUUUAAGUAUAAUAAUUGAAUAGGUGAAUUUCUCUAUGUUAUUAAAUAAAUUGAUUUAUGAAGCUUUUUUUGCGUCAAUGAGGGAUGGUACAAAUUGAAUUUUAUCAUCAUAUGACACAUUUAAACCUUUUUUAAUAGUCUCGAAUCCAAAGUUAUCAUUUAAUAUUAUGUACUUGUUAAAGGUAACAUUCCAAAAUUUUAGUUCUGAUCAAAGUUAAUAUACUAAAUAAAAAUGGAUAUAGUGUGAUGGACGAAUUGAUACACUCUAUCCUACGUUAAAUAACAACCGCUUUAGUGGGAUAUUAAUAAAAAAUAAAAAAUUGGAAAAGGUCCGUUUCCCCAUCAAAUACAAUGUAUAAAUAUAUGUUUACUUGUCUAUGCUCAAUGCUUAUACAAGAAUAAUUGCCUAAUUGAAGAAAAUCGAUCGGCAGAUGUGAUAGUACUUCCACUAUUGCCCUUCUUAAUGCAGGACGCACAUCGACUACAAAUAAGACACGAAUCGAAUUUUCUUCCUCAGGAUCAUAUAUUAUACCGUUUGUGCAUUUCCUUUUAACUUUCGUUGUAAAUGCAAGCACGUAUUGUGAAAUGCACAAAUAGAAGCAUGCUUUAUGUUAUUUUUGGAUUUAAAUAAUCACGUAAAAUAUAAAAUCACUAGAUAUCUGCCCGCGGCUUCGCCCGCGUUUUAAAAGAAAAACCGACAUUGUGUAUCGGCACCUGUGGAAUUUCCGGGAUAAAAAACCCUAUGUUUUAUUCUGGGUCUUCAGCUACCUACAUACAAAAUUUCAUUGUAAUCGGUUCAGUAGUAUUUGCGUGAAAGAAUAAAAAAACGUUCAUUCUCACAAACUUUCGCAUUUGUAAUAUUUGUAGGAUUAGAUUUGUUGGAAUGUUACUUUGUGACCAAAAAAGAGCUUUCUGCAUAUUGUUAUUUGUCUAUUAAUUGAUAUCGAUACAGUUGUUCGGUUAUUUCCUACUAUCGUUGAAUGUAUGUGUUAUAUUGUUAUUGACGUCGUGCUUUCAUAUCAUUCAAUGAAGAAUUAUUAAGUGUAAUACAUAUUUUAAGAAUA